AUGUAUUCCCGAAUUUACUCUGCCGAUUGUCAAUCUUCACAGGGCAAGAUCAAGGCUAGAGAUCUGCGGGGCAAGAAGAAGGAGGAGCUGCUCAAGCAGCUAGAUGACCUGAAGGUAGAGCUGUCCCAGCUCCGCGUAGCCAAGGUUACUGGUGGAGCUGCCUCCAAACUCUCCAAGAUGUGAGUAUUAUUUGGACUGCAGAAAUGAUAGUCUGAGCUUGCCUGGGUUUUGAGUUGGCUGUAGUUCUCACGGUCACAAUUUAUUGCUACAUCAGGGUGGAGAAAUAAGUGGCUUCUCAGUUGUAAUCUGAUAAAGGUCAUGGUUAUAUUGCUUUGGUAUGCAGGGAUUUUAGUCACCGAAUAUGGCGUGCCUUCAAUUGUGUUGGCAACGCCACGCACAUUUACAUAGAAAAAAAACGACACGUCCCUUGUGUGUCACGAAUGUUGAAUACAAUUAUAUUUGAACUUAUUCUGCGAUUGUCCGUGGUGUUGAUCCUUCAAGUGGUUAAAAUUUGAUGCAAAGUAUCCACAGGAAAGUAUUAUUAUAGACUUCAAACACUGGUCUGUGGCAAUCGAGACCUUUGCUCAUUACUGAAGAGACAUGCACAAGACUGAAGUACAUGCAUUCGAUGCAUGCAUACUAACAUGGUUUUGUACAUGUGCCAGGUGAUAGAUAUUCCUCUGGAUAUUGUCUCAAAGUAAAAGUACCACCGCACACAGACAAACCGGUAGAGCACGUUCAAAUGUAAUUAGAUUCAAUAUUCAGGCUUGUAAUUAAAAUGACCACGAUUUUGCAGUGUUUUGACAGUAUACCAAGAAUUGGUAUCUAAUUUGUAUUUAUUAGUCAAGGUUGAGGUUCAGUAGGGCAAUAAAAUGUGCUUCUCUUUUUGCUCAAAUCUCAAACACCCUUUAAGUUGAGGCUUCUUAUCCUUGCAUUUUAAUAAACCCUUAUUUUUUUUAUGUUUCCUCUAGCUGUGUCGUCCGCAAAUCCAUCGCCCGCGUUCUGACUGUCAUCAACCAGACGCAGAAGGAGAACCUGAGGAAGUUCUACAAGGUAAGAGCAAUGCCAGCCAUACACACAUGUAUUUAACAAAUCCGUUAGACAAAACAGACCCUGCUGAUGAACGGUCAAAAGCAACGGGCAGGGGUCUGACCGCACAAGAUCGGCUGUCAUUUUCUGUUAAUUUCCCGAUGAUUCUACAUGUUGACUCGCCACUGGUCAUCAAUACCCAACAGGUGAUCUACUGCACACUGUGUGAGUUAUGGUGUCUUGUCAACCUUGACCACAUGUUAAACAUGCUGCAGAUUAGUUUGUAAAGUAACCCAUGUAACCUCAAUAUUUGAGAACUAGGAUGAAUGCCAACCCUGAUUAUUCAGACCAGCUAAAUGCUAAAGACCAUAAUUGAACAAAAUGCAAUAGCAGCAAUAGUUUCGGAUAAUUUUUAGUAUUGGUUUAAAUGCCCAUGUAGUGUUUUGUAAUUUGAUUGUUAAUGUCAUAUUUCAGGGUAAGAAGUACAAGCCCCUGGAUCUGAGACCCAGGAAGACCCGUGCCAUCCGCAGGAGACUUAACAAGCAUGAGGAGUCUCUCAGAACCAAGAAGAUGCAGAGGAAGGACCGCCUCUAUUCCAUUCGCAAAUUCGCUGUCAAGGCUUAAGGCCGUUUCUCUUGUACAAAUAAAUUGACUAAAAAGAGAAGUAUGUUGUCUUCUGUAAAGGGAUGGUACUCCAAAUUGUGAAUGUUUAGUUUGGUAAUAUAUAUGCCUCAGUGAGCAGCUGGAAUAUGGAUUGCAAACAUUUUCAGCAAUUAUUUGGUGAGACAUUUUACAUCCACUUUGCAAUCUUAAUAUGCACUGAUAAUGGAUGUUAUGUAUGCUGAAGAGGAUUAUGUUGUGCUAGAAAAUACUCUUAGUUGGAAUUGGGACAGCCUUUGCUAAAAUACUGUUCAGAAGAAUGUUGUAUUUCAUAGCAGGACAGUAAAGACUUGUGGAGUGUUA